UGGCUGCCCUCCACCCACGAGUGAGCUGGAGGGGGACCAGAGGCCAGGCCGGCAGGAUGAGGAAGCGCAGGGUGCCUGGUGAGCCAGCGGGGGCAGGAGCCACACCUCGUUCUGAAGAGCCUGACUCAGGGUCCUGGGUGCACAGGUACGCCCAGGCCAGCAUACACAAGGAGCAGAGAAUCUGCCCGGCUCUGCUGCUGUUUGAGCACUCCGGGUCAUGUGCCGAGGUCAUGCAGGGACAGGGGAGGAGACUCUGAGCUCACGCCCAGCAGGGAAACAAUCCAGGAGAGCAGAGGAAAGACUGGGGCCUGAGUGAGACUGCCCAGUCCCCCAGACAGCCAGGGAACCCUCAGCCUCUGCAGCAGGCAUGCGGGAGAUCUCACUGAGGGCACACGGAUGCUCUUUAGGGAACUGGGAAUGAAGAGGAGGGAGAGGCCCGCAGGCAAGAGUGCUGGUGGGACACUGUCCCUUUAAGAGGAUCCAGACAGUUCCCCAUUGUCUGGGAGCCUGAGGGGAGGGGCAGGGGACCACAGCCAGUGGCUGAGGGUUGGGGAGAAGGCAUGGCCCAGGUUCAGAAGCACAGGGGUGGGGGUGCAUCCAGGAAGACGGGGGAGUUCGAUGAGCUCCCCCUACAAGAGGAGGGUGUGGGGGAGGGAGGGCCUCCGGAGACUGCUCUGGGAUGUGAGACCAGGCAGCGGAAGCAACGCUGGCCCGGAGCCAUGACGUCAUUCUCAGCCCUUCCUGCCCAGCACUCCCAGGCCCCCAGCCCCAGGCGUCCUUAGGGCACGCAUCUCACUGCGAGGUGGGCAAGGCCUGUCUGCAUCGCCAGCCUCCGUCGGCCCUACCAGUCUCUGCCAUCAAACCUGAGGGCUCUCUGAGGUCCCAUGUCAGGCAUCCACAAAUGCUGGACCCCAGAGAGAAGGGCCACAUCCCGCAGAAAGAGCCGUUGGAGGACCAGCUUCGCGGGGAGACUGGAUCAAAGGACCAGAAGUCUCAGCAGCGGCCUGCUUCCCCCAGCAGGCGGCCAGACAGUGACCUAGAGGUUUCGGUUCUCGGUUCUCCUGCCCCACAGCCGGGUCCCAGGCCUCCAGGGAGAUGUCUCCAGAGCUACGGUGGCCCCCGGGGCUCGAGUGCCGCGGGCUUCUGGGAAGGGACCUCACCAAGGCAGCAGCUGGACCAAAGCAGAGCUUGGACGACUCAGCCCGGCCAUAACCCUCCGGGAGGUGGGAGAGCUAGAGCUGAGGAAGGAGCAGGUCCUGUGGUGACAGGGACCCCAGCGCUGAUGCCAGAGGCAUGCCGUAUGCACUCACAACCCUCUCACCACAAGGCCUGGGGAGCCAGCGACUGCUGCCGGUGCACGACAUGGACUGAGAGGCUCCUGGGGACAAGAAAAGCAAGCUACAGAAACGGUGGUGAAGAAAAUCAUUAAGAGGAGAAGAUACACUUAGAGUACGGCACCAUGCAAAAUCUGCCUAUUAAGUGGACCCCGCGCAGUUCAAACCCGUGUUGUUCAGAGUCAAUGUAAUGUUAAGAAUGCCCAAUAAAUGCUGGCUGCUGGGACAGCCACUUGCCAAUACUG